AUGGUUAACGUCGGCAUCAACGGUUUCGGUCGUAUCGGCCGCAUCGUCUUCCGUAAUGCUCUUGAGACGCAGGGCAUCGAGAUCGUUGCCAUCAACGAUCCCUUCAUCGAUCUUGAAUAUAUGGUCUACAUGUUCAAGUACGACUCCGUCCACGGACGCUUCAAGGGAACUGUCGAGUCCAAGGAUGGAAAGCUCGUCAUCAACGGCAAGCCUGUGACGGUCUACGCCGAGCGCGACCCAGCUGCUAUCCAAUGGGGAGCUGCUGGUGCCGAGUAUAUCAUUGAGGCGACUGGUGUCUUCACCACUACCGAGAAGGCCUCUGCUCACCUCAAGGGUGGUGCUAAGAAGGUCGUUAUCUCCGCCCCCUCUGCCGACGCCCCCAUGUUCGUCUGUGGUGUGAACUUGGAGAGCUACGAUCCCAAAUACAAAGUUAUCUCGAACGCGUCUUGCACAACCAACUGCCUUGCGCCACUCGCUAAGAUCAUUAACGACAACUUCGGUAUCGUCGAGGGUCUGAUGACCACGGUCCACGCCACCACCGCCACCCAGAAGACCGUCGAUGGUCCCUCCCACAAAGACUGGCGUGGUGGCCGCUCCGUCAACAACAACAUCAUCCCCUCCUCCACUGGUGCUGCCAAGGCUGUCGGCAAGGUCAUUCCCUCGCUUAAUGGAAAGCUGACUGGCCUUGCGUUCCGUGUCCCCACCCUGGACGUCUCCGUCGUUGACCUGGUCGUCCGCCUCGAGAAGGGCGCAACAUACGAGGAGAUCACCAAGGUGGUUAAGGCCGCAUCCGAGGGAGAAUACAAGGGCAUUGUGGAGUACACUGAUGAGCUGGUUGUUUCAACCGACUUCAUUGGCCACACCGCAUCCUCCAUCUUCGAUGCUAAAGCCGGAAUCCAGCUCAGCCCCAACUUCGUCAAGCUCAUCUCCUGGUACGACAACGAGUGGGGUUACUCACGUCGUGUCUGCGAUCUCGUCAACUACGUCGCCGCCAAGGACAAGGCUGCUGGCGUCUAA